GUAGGAUACUGGGGUCUUGGCAACAGCUUGUACGGCUGUUCUCCAUGUGACUGUGAUAUUGGUGGAUCCCAGAAUAACUUGUGCUCACCAAAGGAUGGUCAGUGCAAGUGUCUGCCCAACGUCGUGAGCCGCCAGUGCAACCAGCCAGCUCCAGGCUACUUCUUCUUGCCCCUGGAUUAUUAUAUCUAUGAAGCUGAGCAUGCAAAGCCCCUUUCUGGCUCUGCACCCUUGGGUGCAGUGCCAUUUGGAGAGGACUCGGCUCCGGUGGUGGUUUUCAGGCAGCCCAGCACUGAUCGGUCUGUCACAUGGACAGGACCAGGAUUUGCCCGUGUUCCCAGUGGAGCUGGGCUGAGAUUUGCCAUCAACAACGUUCCCUUUGCUAUGGACUUUGACAUCACAAUCCGUUAUGAGCCUGAGUCCUUGGAAGACUGGCUAGCAAGUGUUGCCAUCCAGCCCAUUGGCAUCUUGUCAGGUCAACGCUGCAAAAACAAGGUCCUUCCACAGGAGUCACAUGUGUUGCCUCUCCCAGCUACAAAGAGGAUUGCAGUUCUGCAAACUCCAGUCUGCCUGGAGCCAGGAGCAGAAUAUUCUGUGGACGUGUAUUUUUCUCAGCCCUCUGCCUCUGCCACAAGGGCAAAAUCAUUCAUCUUGAUUGACUCACUUGGACUUAUUCCCAGAAUCGGCUCUGUGGAGAACUUGUGCAGUGAAAAGGAUUUAGACGAUGAAAAGGAUUUAGAUGAGUACCAGAAGUAUCACUGUAUUGAAAUUGCAUCUGAAGUUGGGCCUCAUGUCCUGCCUGAAGCAUGUGCACGGCUCAUAGUGAGCAUGUCAGCCCGGAUCCACAACGGGGCCGUCGCCUGUAAGUGCAAUCCCCAAGGGUCACUGCAUGCCAACUGCAGUAAACUGGGGGGCCAGUGCCAGUGCAAGGCCAACGUGGUGGGACGCUGCUGUGACACCUGUGCUGUGGGCAGCUAUGGCUUUGGCUUCCACGGCUGCUAUGCAUGUGAGUGCCACCCUCAAGGCUCCCUGAGCUCGCUGUGUGACCAGGUGACAGGGCAGUGCUCCUGCCGUCGGGGGGUGGAUGGUCAGCGCUGCAGUCGCUGUCUGCACGGAUAUUUUGGCUUUCCCCUCUGCCGUCCUUGCCUGUGUAAUGGCUAUGCUGAGCUCUGUGAGCCCCUGACUGGAGUGUGCCUCAACUGCCGUGAGUUUACAGCUGGAAGCCACUGUGAAAGGUGCAUGGAUGGCUAUUAUGGAAACCCCCUGGAAGGACAGCCCUGUCGCCCCUGCAUGUGCCCAGUCUGCAAUUGUCUCGAGGGAUAUUCAGGCAAUCAGUGUGAUGAGUGUCCUAGUGGGUUCUACAAAAACCCAAGCAGCUCUGGGCUUGACUGUGCACCAUGUCCCUGCAAUAACAACAUUGAUUUGACAGACCCAGAGUCCUGUAACAGGGUCACGGGGGAAUGCACCAAGUGUUUACACAACACCCAUGGAGCAAACUGCCAGUUCUGCAAACCAGGUUAUUUUGGCUCAGCCCUCAAUCAAAACUGUCAAAGGUGCAGGUGCAAUCUGGCAGGUGUUCAGCCUGCCCUGUGCCCCGGGGGGGAUGCAGUCUGCCUCUGUGACCCAGCCACGGGAGCUUGCCCUUGCCUGCUCAAUGUGGUGGGCACGAGGUGUGACCAGUGUGUCCCUGGCUACUGGGGCCUUGCUAGUGGAAAAGGAUGCCAGACCUGUGGCUGUGAUCCAAAAAACUCCAAAAGCAACCAGUGCAACCAGUUUACAGGCCAGUGUCCAUGUAAGCAAGGAUACAGCGGAAGACGUUGUGACGAAUGUGAGGAAAACUACUUUGGGAAUCCUCAGAUGUAUUGCAUUUUGUGUGAGUGCAACCCGGAGGGAACACACCAGCCCACGUGUGACAAAGCCACCGGCGCGUGCAACUGCCGCGCGGGCGUCAGCGGCCGGUUCUGCAACCAGUGCGGCCGCGGCUUCGAGAGAGACUUCCCUUCUUGCCAUCAGUGCCACCUUUGCUUUGCUCAGUGGGACACUGAAAUCACUGCCCUCGCUCAGACCGUUCAGGGGUUAAUGAGGUUUGCUGCAAAGCUGGAAGGUAGAGGAGGACGAAUGCCCAGCUGUGACAUGCACUUCAAAGUCCUCGAAGAUGCCAUUUCUGAAACUGAACAGAUUUUGAGACAUCCUGUCCUCUCACUGACAGCCCUCUCAGGCAUCAGGGAUUUUCAGGGCUACCUUCAACAAAAAGUUGCACAAAUGGAUCCUCUUCACAGUUUACCAUAUGAGUUUCCUGAUCUUAUCAAGAACAUAGAAGACAUUGGGGAAGAAGCUGACCUAGUGUAUGAGCUUCUACAACAGAAAAUACAACUGCAUCAGAAUUUUCAUUACUUGAACUUCAAAGAGGCCAUCAGCAACAUUAGGAAACACUCUGAAGCCUCAUUUCUGGCAGAACAGAAGACCAGGGGGACAAUCCCUAUUGUAAGAUACUCAGAGUACACUAGGAACAAUGCAGUUGCUAUGUUGGACCAUCAGGUCUUAAAAGCAACCAGUGUGCUGCAACAGCUCAAAAUGAUCAAAAGCCCUGACAUCCAGAACUUGAAUGAAAAGAUCUGUGGUGUGCCAGGAGACCAGCCCUGUGUCUCAGCAGCCUGUGGAGGAGCCUCGUGCCGGGACAGCCACGGACUCAGGCAGUGUGGUGGCCCAAACUGCAAUGGAGCAUUUCCUCUCUCCACUGAGGCCUUCAGGAUAGCUGAGAAGACUGCUGUGUGGCUAAAAAACCUGACUACUCAGCUACAGGAACCUGAGAAUCAGGUUGGAAGCAUUAGAAAGAUGGCAGAAGACAGCAAACUGAAAAGUUCACAAUUUAUCUGGCAGCUGGAGAGGGCUAAGAAUCAGAUUGAGGUUGAUGGAGAGAUCACUAAGGAGUUCAUCCAAAAAGUGAAAGACUUCUUGUUAGAUGAGAACGUUCCUCCCGAAGACAUUGAGAAGGUAGCAAAUCAUGUUCUGCAAAUAAACCUUGCCCUGACUCCAGGAGAGCUCACAGACAUGCUUGGCAAAAUCAAGAGCAUUAUGAACCACUGUGAGAAGUACAAACUGAAUAAGAGAAGCAUUAAAAAGGAGGACGCUCAGAUGCUGCUGGUGGAGGCACUAGAAGCUGACAAAGCAGCUAAAGCUCUUCUGCCUGUGUAUGAAAUUAAUGAUAAACUAAAACACGUUGUGGAGUCCCAAGGACGCUCCAAAAACACCAUCACAAAGUUAAAUGAAGAGAUACGAGGCAUCAGAACACAGAUCUCCCAGGCUGAGAACCAAGUGAACAAGACAAACGAUGAACUAAACGACUUGUCAGCAAAACAGACUGAGCUGGAAGAUGAAAUUGCCACAUGGCAGGCAAAAACACUGAUGAACAAGAAUCAAGCUACAAAGGCAAGAGCAGAGGCAGAAGCAGCACACAAGCAAGCCCAGGAUAUUGAUAAUGAAUUUGCUGACAUUAAAAGAAAGUACACCAUUCUUCAAGGCAAGCUAACAGCCCAAGGACCUCCAAAUGUAACACUAGAAAAAGUAAAGCAGCUGAAAGAAGAAGCAGAAAAACUGGCUGAAGAGACUGAAAGAAAGAUGAAAAGAAUAACAGAUUUGGAGAAGAAGCUUCAGGAGCUGAAUCAAACCAAACAAGACAAGGCAGAGCAACUGAGACAACUAGAGAAACAAGUGAUAGCCAUUAGAAAUGAAAUCAUGGAGCAGGAAAGCAAGUAUGCAACGUGCAAAAGUUAG